AGGGUUUGGAGCGCUUGUUCUUUGUUUGCCCGGGCGGAGCGAAGGCGCUUGGUGCGCGGCGGCGGUACCGAAAUUUCACGCGAAUCGAGAUGCGUGGCGCUUGGACUCGAGCCAGGAGCUAGCCUUUACUUUAGAACUGGCGUGUGUGUCUUGAGGGGAGGAGGAAGAGGAUGAUGAAGCAGGAGGGCUUUGAGCUGUUACAAGCAGCCAGCUGUAAGUCAUGAGCCGGUCCAGCCGAACUAUUUAUGUCGGGAACCUCCCGGGAGACGUGAGAGAGCGGGAAAUUGACGACUUGUUUCACAAGUAUGGGCCCAUUGUAGACAUUGACUUGAAACUCCCACCGAGGCCUCCAGGCUACUGCUUCAUCGAGUUUGAAGACGUUCGAGAUGCCGAGGAUGCUAUACGCGGACGUGACGGCUACAACUUCGAUGGAUACCGUUUACGGGUUGAAAUCGCUCACGGUGGCCGAGGCCCUCCGUCCUCGGAUCGAUACAGCAGCUAUGGCGGCCGGGGCGGAAGUGUGUCCAGGCGUUCGGAGUAUAGAGUUAUAAUCACUGGAUUGCCCUCGUCGGCAUCGUGGCAGGAUUUGAAGGACCAUAUGCGCCGAGCUGGCGACGUUUGCUUUGCACAAGUGUUUCGAGAGGGAAAUGGUAACAGUGCAUUAUUUUUGGGGGAAAGUUGUUUUAACUGUGUCGUCUCAGGAACUACUGGCAUUGUGGAUUUCACCAAUUAUGACGAUAUGAAAUACGCGAUAAAAAAACUUGAUGAUUCGGAGUUUCGGAAUCCAUUUUCUCGCUCGUACAUUCGUGUCAAAGAAGACAAGUCUCAGGGCUUGAAACGAAGCACUUCACGCAGCUUGAGUCGAAGUCGGAGCAGGAGUCAUAGCCACAGCUAUACCCGAAGCAGGAGCCGCAGCGGAAGUCGCAGCCGAAGUCGCAGCCGCGGACGGUCAAGGACUCCGAGAAGCAGGUCCAAGUCCCCCUCGAAGUCAGUGUCCAAGUCUCCUGUAGCACGGUCGAGGUCACGCUCGCCUCAGACGUCGAGGUCUCCUGUGAAGGAGUUGAGCCCAAGCCCAAGCCCGCGUCGCUCACGCUCACCUUCUCCUGCGGCUGAAAAGAGUCCUGCCAGGGAUGUUUUUUCAAGUGAAGCCAGCGCCAAAGCCGAGGCUAAUGGAGGGUCUCCUGCGCCUCGAAGUCCGUCUCUGGUGUCCGAGUGAGCUUGCGGUGCCGGAGAUUUUGGUCUGAAGCUUUUUUCUCAUUAUGGUACAUUUUAGUUUUUUCAACUUAUAAGGUAGUCAGAUGGUUUGCAGAGUCCUGGGCAUUGCAUGGAUUAGUGGAAUGCUCAACAGAUUGGAUUGCUAGUGUAAGUUACUGCUGUUACUAUUCGAUUGUUUGUUACUGUGUUUACUGUCUGGGAUCAUACAUGAGCUUAUAUGAUGAUGGACGUGGGAAUGGAAAUUGGUUUCGUUGUUGACUUUGCAGCCUUAAACCUCAAGAGAACAUGAUCCAAAAGAAAAUAUAAAACCAAGUGAUGCAGCGUCAACGUUUGUAGUU